CACCCAUGUGACAUCAUUUGAAAAUAAAAAGUAUAGAUAGUACAAACUGCGAGCUCUACAAUUAUUUGUUAUUUUUGAAAUAUUUAUGAAUAAUCCUCAAAAUGUUAUAAUAAUUAAAUAAGUUUUAGUUUGUUAAUUUAUUGCAAGAAUUUUUGGAAAAGUCAAUUUAAAUGUUAAUAUUAGGUCCUUACAUAUGAAAUUCAUAUUUAGUAAGGGAGGGACAAAAAGUAGAAUAUUUUUUAAUAUAUUUAUUAAAGUAUAAACCAUUGUUAUCUAUACACUUUUGCCAUCUCAUAGGUAGUUCAUUGAUCCCCUUACUAAAAAAAAAACCAUUCGGGCGGGAAUCAAUAAAAUCUUUGAAGGCGAUUUGAACUACCCCAUAGAAGUAUAUGUUUAAUAUAUUGUUACUCUUAGAUCUUCUAUUAGAAGCUAAAUCAGGGACAGGGAAGACCGCUGUUUUCACUGUUGUGGCAUUGGAAAAGUUGGACCUUGAUAAAGGAUUACAGGUUGUCAUAUUAGCACCUACAAGAGAAAUUGCUUUUCAAAUAUGUGAUGUUAUUCGUCAAAUUGGAUCAAAAUUAGAAGGUUUAGCAGUUGAAGUUGUUAUUGGUGGCUUGCCUGUAGAAGAAGAUGUCAGUAAGUUUAAGAAAAAAGUCCAUAUUGUAGUAGGCAGUCCAGGCAGAUUUCGUCAUUUAGUUCAAGACAAACAUAUUGAUGUUUCAUCUGUAAGGCUUCUUGUUCUUGAUGAAGGUGAUAAAUUAUUGGACAAAAGUUUUCAAGCAGAUGUAAAUUUUAUAUUCUCUAUUUUACCACAUCAGAAACAGGUAAUUUUCAGUAGUGCUACCUACACAGAAGACACAAAACUGUUUCUCAGUAAAUAUGUAAAAAAUGCUCAACAUGUAUGUCCUGAUAGCAGCUGUGUUUUACUAGGAAUUGUACAAAAAGUUACAAUAGUUAAAUACAACGCAAAUAUAGUAAGGCAAACACAAAACAGAUUUGAGGAAUUAUUAAAAAUAUUAUCAAAAAUAGCAUUUAAGCAAUGUUUAAUAUUUUGUAACUAUCAAGCUAGAGUCACAGAACUGCAUAAAUUACUUGUGAGGAAUAAAUGGCCAGUUGAGCAACUAUAUGGACAGCAAGAACAAACAGAUCGCUUAGGAGCUUUGAAAACACUGCAAGAUUAUAAGUGUCGGAUUCUAAUUGCUACUGAUUUAGCAGCCAGAGGUAUCGAUGCUUCUAAUGUAGACCUUAUUAUUAAUUUUGAACCUCCUUUUGAAUGGCAAACUUAUUUACAUCGAAUAGGACGAGCAGGAAGAUUUGGAUCAUAUGGCACAUCUAUUACAAUACUUAGUGAAGGUAAAGAGGAGAUAAAAUUUAGGGAGAUGUUGGAUUCGUUUAAGAUACCUUUGAAUUCCCUUUGGACAAGUGAUAAAAAUGAUUUCAAUGAACCCUCAAAAGUGGAGACUCACAUAACACUUACUAAUAAUAGCAACAGAAUAGAAGAUGCUAUUGAAUAUCAAGAGUUUUGGAAUGAAUUAACUGAAAGUGUCAAUAAGAUUGAGAAAAUUGAAAAUUUUGAAACAUUGUGUCAAUCUUUUAAUGAUUCAAAAAGUUCAAUUCAAUCUUUCAAUGAAUUACUGAAAUCCUUUCAAGAAAAACAGGUUCCUGUUAAGUCAAAUGAAUAUCAACAUUUGCAGAUUACAGCUAAAGUUAUUGAUAAAUUAAGUGAUACACUAAAAAUUCUAACGGCCUCAAGCAAUACCAAAAUAAAUGAAAAUUUAACUUGCAAAAUUAAGGAUUACGAAAAUGCCAAUAGUAUUAAUAAUAAAAGCUAUGGUAAUAAAAAGGAAUGCAACAAUCAUUCGAUUUUGAAAAAAACGAGUUCUUAUGAAAAAAUAGAAAGUAAUAAACAUACCAAAACACAUGGAAAUGAACCGCUAUCUGUCAGACAGAAAACUAUAAAGGAAAUAACACCAACAAAAGGAUUACUGUGUGCUGGCCUUCCACUGUCAUUUGCUUCCUCGAAAGGUAGCAAAAAUAAUAAGUUUAAUAAUACAAGGGACAAGGGCCAGCAACAAACGGUUGAUUUAGAGGAAACAUCUGAAAUUCGUGCUAGAGAUAUAAAUACUAAUGAGUUUCAAUUGUUUAAUCAGAAAAGUAGUGUUUAUAGCCAUAGAAGUGCAAAAUCUAAAAAAGAUUAUAAAAUAGAAUAUGAUUCUGAUAAUGAUGCUUGUUAUGUUAGUGAAGAUUAUGUUAAUUGGUAUAAACAGUUAAAACUUAGAAUGAAACAAAUUGAGUUGGCUUUAUAUAUAGAGGAAAUGUCUCUUCAAUAAUUAGUAAUAGUUUCAUAGAAUUAAGAACUAAAACUGUUUUAUCUGUUUAAUUUUAUUUAUAAUGUCAAAAGUAGAAUCUAGUCAAUAGAUACUUACUAAAUAUGAAUCUCUUUAAGACCACUACAUCUUAACUUGACAGCCCCCUUUAUAAAACACAGUUAAGAUAAAAAUCCUAAAAGUUGAUACUGAAAACCAUUUGGUAGUAAAGAUUACUCUUAAAAAAAAUCAUAGACAUGCCAAUGCACAGGUAAAUAUGAUGUGCUGAAGUAUUUAUUUAUCCUCUCAGAUAUGAUGAAAAGGGUAUAUAAAUAAAAAUGCACUUUGAUGUCGUUGAAAAUGUUAUCUGCUGUGUAAUAAUUCUCUGAAAAUAAUUCUAAAACAUAUAAGUAGAACACUAUGUGAUAAUAUUUGAAUUCAAAAUAAAUAUGAUAAAAAUCAAUGGACAAUAUUCUGUUAUUGAAUUACAAUAUUGUAAAAAUGUAACUGAUGCAAUAUAAACUAUAAGUACACACCUAUAAAUAUUCUUAUCACAAAAACUGAAGUCAAUUCAAAAAGUUACGUUAUUCUUAUAACUAUUAGAUAAAAAAAGCUCAUGACAACAGUUUUAUAACAGCAGAUACUUCAGUAAGUGGAAGUACUACUCGGUAUUCAAGAACACCUGGUUAAAUCAAACUAGUGAUUAGCUAAUGUGUUUAUUUAACUAAACAAACUUUUCAGUAUUUUUUCUUACCAUUAUAUUAAUCUAGUAAUUAAAUUAUUUUCGACCACUUUGUGAAGGAAAUGGUUUUGAUUUACGCAACACUGGUAACCGGGUGUUUACAGCCUUAGUACUUCAGCAUACUGAAAUCACCGUUACUAAAGUUUUGCACAUUUUCGUCACGAGCUCUUGUACUAUAUUUGGUAAUGAUAAGUACAGUGCUUUUGUUCUUAUUUACUUUUAGCAAUCUAUAUAUUUAAUAAAUUAGUCCAAUUAUCGAAUACUUAGUAUAUACGAACAUGCCCAAUUUUUGAUAUAAAUAAAAUAAAAAUUCGAAACAUAAACAUUUACCACAAAAUAGGGACACCAUAAAUUCUCUUUACUUAAUAAUAACAGAAUAAUCAAAUAAUACCUUGUACACCAUAUAAUUACGUAGCAUACAUCCAUUCAUAAUACAUUUUCUAUUGCAUUCAAACAAAUUAAAAGUAUUGACGGACUACCUAUCCCGAGAUUAAGAUUUAGUCCUUUUUCUCAUGUGUUUCUGUAACAAAAAAUAACACAAAUCUUAGCACAAUUGAAUCACCAGAAUUUAUCUGCUUUGCUAUAUUAAGGGCGAGGCGUCCAAGAGGA